GGCGGGGCCUGGCGCCCCCGGGGGGCAGCGGCGCCCUGACGCCCCGUUGUCCCCCCCAGGAUGGCGGCGUGGGUGCUGCUGGCGGCGUGGGUGCUGCUGGCGCUGGCCCCGGUGGCGGCAGGUAAAGGCCGGGGGGGGGGGGGGGGGGGGCUGGCUCCGCGCCCCCAGCCUCCGCAGCACGACCCCGCUUCGGGGCCCUCGGUACCCCCAGAACCCCGCCUUGAUGUCCCUGGCACCCCCCAGCCCCGCUUCGCCACCCUUCGCACCCCCCCCGAGCCCCGCUUCGGGGCCCUUGGCAUCCCCUAAGCCCCGCUUGGAUGCCCUUGGCACCCUCCCAGCCCUGCUUCAGGGCCCUUUGCACCCCCCAGGCCCCUCUCAUGUCCUUGGCAUCCCCCCCAACCCCUCUUCGACACCCCUUGCACCGCCCCAGCCCCUCUUCGACGUCCUUGGCACGUCGCUGCCGCCGUGGGACGAUGCUUUACGGGCAACGCUUGGCUUCGCAUCCUACUACGGUGACCACAUGGUGUUGCAGAAGGAGCCGGCGGGGGCCAUGGUGUGGGGCUACGGGGAGCCAGGGGCCGUGGUGACCAUGGUCGUCUCUGGGGACGGCGGCCUCAUUGUCAUGAAGAAGACGGCACGAGUUAAAGGACCUUCUGGGACAUGGACAACGGUCCUGGACCCUAUGGAUCGGGGUGGUCCCUACACACUGACGGCCAGGCAGGGCUCAGAGAACGUGACGCUGCGGGACAUCUACUUUGGGGAUGUGUGGCUUUGCAGUGGGCAGAGCAACAUGGCAAUGACAGUCCUGCAGAUUGCCAACGCCAGCCAAGAGCUCGCUGCUGCUGCUCGCUACCCCUACGUCCGCAUCUUCGCCGCGGCGCCUGCCCGCUCCGACGUGGAACUGGAGGAUCUGAAGCAAAUCGACUUGCCGUGGUCCAUCCCGACGGCCGAAAACCUGGGCCACGGGAAUUUCACCUACUUCUCGGCCGUCUGCUGGCUGUUGGGGCGCUACCUCUACGAGGCUCUGCGGUACCCCGUGGGGCUGGUGGAGGCGGCCUGGGGGGGCACCCCCAUCGAGGCCUGGUCCUCUCAGAGGGCUCUGCGGGCAUGCGGGCUGCUGGAAGACGUAGGGAGCAUCUCCCCACACCGGCACCUCUCCGGCCCGCAAACGCCCUCCGUGCUCUGGAAUGCCAUGAUCCACCCGCUGCUCAACAUGACGCUGCGGGGUGUCGCUUGGUACCAGGGCGAGGACAACACCGUCCUGCACACGGACUGGUACAACUGCACCUUCCCCGCGCUCAUCGCCGACUGGCGCCGCGCUUUCCACGCCGGAUCGGCUGGGCAGACGGAGCCACUCCUCCCAUUCGGCUUUGUGCAGUUGUCCAGCUAUCGGCGGCAGAGCCCGGACGACAGCUUCGCCCGUCUCCGCUGGCACCAAACAGCCGACCUGGGGGUUGUCCCCAACGCCAGGCUGCCCCGCACCUUCAUGGCCGUGGCCGUGGAUCUGUGUGACGAGCACUCUCCCUAUGGCAGCAUCCACCCCCGGGACAAGCAGAACGUGGCCCACCGGCUGCACCUGGGCGCCAGGGCUGUGGCAUACGGGGAGAAAGACCUGGUUUUCCAGGGGCCGUACCCCACCCGGGCCGUCCUGGACAUGACCAGGGCUCUGCUGAACGUCACCUACACCCAGGAGCUCGUCUUCUGCCGGCGGGAUGCACGGGCAUUCGAGGUCUGCUGCUCCAGCCAACUGUCCCCAUGCGGGUGGCUGCCGGCACCCGUGGUGGCGGUGGAGUCCCACACGGUGACGCUGGCCCUGGCCGGCUGCGGGACGCUGGUGCUGGGCUUACGCUAUGCCUGGGCCGAGUGGCCCUGCGAGUACCGGUCCUGCACGCUCUACAACACCCAGGGGCUGCCCGCACCCCCCUUCCUCCUGGACACCCUGCCCGCAACAGCCGGAGGGAGGGAGCUGCUUCUCCUCCCGGGCUCCCGGUUCUCCCCGGGGAUUUAGGUGAGGGGACGACAGAAAGAUCUCAGACCUCUACGCAGAGCAGCUCAGGGCUGCUGGCACCGUGCCUUUCCGAUCUGGCUUGAUUACUGUCUUAUUAAUUAAACGCUUUCUGGCUCCUCUUUGGCCUGAAGUCAAGGCUGCAGGGGAAAAAAAAAAAAAAAAAUGAGCCAAUUUAAAAUGAAAUUUAUGAAAAAUUAUGUUAAGCCGAGGAGCAGGACACACUGAUAGGAACUGAACCCCUCACUGCUGCUCCUCCCUCCGUCUACGGGGUGGACAGGGUGGGGAGAGAGGAGCUCUGUCAAAAAACCCCAUAAACAAACGCCAAGACUGGGGCUGGGACACGGAGCUGCAGAAGACGUGUCGCUUUGUGGUGGGAGGAAAUUAAUAAAUAGGUAAUAAACCA